UGAGUUGUGAGGAGACAGUGCGUGGAUGCAGCUACGGAUUUGGGCUCAAGUUCAGCGGAUACACAAUCGGUCUGAACCUUUCGGGCAUGGAUUGCGUAUGUUCAGACAACCCCAAGUUCACGAUCACCAUGAGAUCCUUGUUAUGCUUAUUUUUAUGGUUGUCUUGUCGAAAUGGAACAUUAGAACUUUCCCGCUCAUCCGAAAGAUCGACAGCUUCCAUCAAAACAAAUCGACACGGGUUGUUGUCCCCUUGAUCAUCAAAUGUACGUACACAGAGGUAAACACUGUAUGGUCACUACUAGGGGAACCGGGUAGGAUCCUAUCCCAACAUGGCAAGUUUCACAUCGAAAGUCCGAUGGCUAAUGAAUGGAAGGCGUGUCCUAAAUAGUACAGCACUGUUCUCGAAACAGUUCUGUCAUCAUACUAGUGGGGCAAUCACGGCUGAGAAGAAAGAGGCCUUGAUCAAAUGGGGAUCACAAAUCGAACUUAAAGGUUUAGCGGAUGUGCCUUUCAUUGAGGAUUUGUGUCCGGUAGAAUCGAUCCGGCAACAUGAUGAUCGCAUCACUCACAUGGUUUAUCCUAAAAUGAAUUUCCGCAAAUGGCGCCGAGAUUUUCGAGACGUUCGUAUGAAUGAGGAGGAUAAACCUUUAACUUCAACCCGAAUUCAUCGAUUUAUCACCCAAGGUAUGAGAUCCUUAUCGGAAGAAGACCUUCAUGGCGUUUCUUACUAUCGGGAAGACGGACUUCAAAAAGUCAGGCCCUACCUCCAUUGCUCAGAUGUCACGGUCAAACAGAACAAGAAAUGCUUCGAUCAACUGAUCCGAGUGUGUCAAACUAUGUAUUUGACGAGUCAAACUCAUUUGAACUUUUUAAUUGAGCAAGGCUAUAUUCAAGUUAACUUCCAAAGGGUGGAUCCGAGCUACAUUGUCCAACCCGGUGAUUGUAUCAAUUACUUGCAACACAUCCACGAACCUCCGGUUCUAGAUUGGGAUAUCGACGUUCUCUUUGAAGAUGAGGACGUCCUCGUCGUGAACAAACCCCCGUCCUAUUUGAUCGGAUGGAAAGGCUCCACCUAUUUCAACUCAUUGAUUGUCACGCUCAUGGCUCAAAGAGGCUAUCGAGAUCUCCGCACCGUCCAUCGGCUGGAUCGACUUACCAGUGGCGUUUGCAUUCUAGCCAAAGGAGGAUUGAGUGCACAAAAUAUCCACCUGCGGUUCCGAGCUAAAGGAAAGGACUCGUACAAGGAAUAUCUCGCAUUGGUGGACGGAGAGUUCCCUACGGGAGAGAUCGUUUGCGAUAGUCCAAUUCGAUCUCAUGUCUUAAAUUCUUUCAAUCAAAAGAAGACGUAUGAUAUCCCGAAAGAGAGCCAGACCAUAUUCCAACGACUCAGCUACCAAGGAGAGUUCAGUCUUGUGAAGUGCAUCCCAACCACUGGGCGGACUCAUCAAAUCCGGCAACAUCUAUUGGAAUUGGGUUGCCCCGUGGUAAACGACGAUUUGUACAAUCCCCGAGAUCGGCGCAAUCCGGCCAAUAUUAUUACACCCGAACUUACAGAGCAAGCCAUGAGGCGUAUUUUGGCUCAGCCCCGUCAGCCCGUGUAUGAGUGGCUGGCGCGAACAGGACCCAAAGCCUUUCCGGAUUGUGUCACGUGCUCAGUGGGCGAGGAUUACCUCCGAUCCCAACUCCGUCAAGCCACGUCCAACAUGUUCCAGUGUCUUCACGCUUGCCGAUACCGAAUUGGCGAUCUGGAUAUUGAGGCGCCUUGGCCCAAAUGGGCCGUGGAUUCGUCCAUUUUGGAGAGCAUCAAAGACCGUCGAGCUCGACCGGGGCUAUCACCGUAUGCUUUUAGCCAGAAUCCGUGAUCAACGGACGUGCAAUUGGUUCUCUUUAUUCUUAUUCGAUGUUACAAAUAGAGCUUGAUUAGUUCGUCACUGA